AUACUGCAGCUGAUUGUUGUACUGAUUGCGCUGCUGGUCAACGCUUUGGCUGCACCAGCUGGCAAUGAUCCCACAGUGUCCAUAUUGAGAUACCGCAACGAUCAGGAUCUGGAGUCUAUACAGCGUGCGAUAAUUGCGCAAUACGAGGGUCAACUUGGGGGCACAACUCAAGUGCAUGCGCCCCAACGUGCUAACGUCAUCAAUCCCUAUACACUGGCUGUUAAUUUUUAA